UCCAUGCAUUCCAUCCGUAUUGACAGUUCAUUGUACACGAUACACAUUUUGUAAAUUGUAAAUAAACUAAUAAAAACUAAACUGACAUUUUGUGUUAUGGGUUGUGAAAAUACUGAAAGUAGAUAAAAUUAAGUUGAAUGAAAUGGAAGUGAAACAAGAAGUUAAUGAGUACACAUGUAAAGAAGAAAUAGACAAUGAGGAAGCCGAUGCUCUUUUUGAUACCUUUAAAAUUGAGAUUAAUGAGGAGCCCCAGAGGGAAAGUACAAAGGAUGCAUUUGAUUUUGUUUUAAAGGAGGACCUUAUAAAGAUAGAAAAAUAUGAAGAUACACUAUUGGAAAAACGAGAAACAAAUGAAAAUAGUUAUCUCCAAAACGAAAACAAAAUGGAAACUAUGAAGACACUAACUACUGAACAUUCUUCGUACGAAAGGAAUUAUGUGAGUUCACACGCUGAAGAAAAAACAUUGAAUGAAAAUGUGAAAGUUGCGAUUGGACAAAGAUCUUACAAGUGCGAAAUUUGUUCUAAGCAGUUUGCACAUGCAAGUAGUUUGAAAACACAUUCGAGAAUACACACUGGAGACAAACCCUACAAAUGUGAAACUUGUUUGAAGCAAUUUAUUACGGCAGGCAAUUUGAAAGCACAUAUGAUGACUCACACUGGAGUAAAACCUCACAAGUGCGAAAUUUGUUCUAAGCAGUUUGCCCAUGCAAGUAGUUUAAAAACACAUUCGAGAAUACACACUGGAGACAAACCCUACAAAUGUGAAACUUGUUUGAAGCAAUUUAUUACGGCAGGCAAUUUGAAAGCACAUAUGAUGACUCACACUGGAGAAAAACCUCACAAGUGUGAAAUUUGUUUUAAGCAGUUAAGUCAAUUAGGUAAUUUGAAAGCACAUUUGAGAGUGCACACUGUGGACAAACCCCACAAAUGUGAAAUUUGUUUUAAGCAGUUCAAAUAUAAAAUUUCUUUGGAUGAGCAUACGAAAGUUCACACUGAAGAAGCACCUUACAAGUGUGAAGUUUGUUUUAAACAGUUUAGACAUGCAAGUAAUUUGAAAACACAUUUGAGAGUGCAUACCGGAGAAAAACCUCACAAAUGUGAAAUUUGUUUUAAGCCGUUUACUCAAGCCGUUAAUUUGAAAUCACAUAUGAUGACUCACACUGGAGAAAAACCUCACAAGUGUGAAAUUUGUUUUAAGCAGUUUAGUAAAGUAGGUAAUUUGAAAGCACAUUUGAGAGUGCACACUGGGGAAAAACUUCACAAGGGUGAAAUUUGUUUUAAGCAGUUUAGCGAAACAGGUUCUUUGAAAAAACAUUUGAGAGUGCACACUGGAGAAAAACUUCACAAGUGUGAAAUUUGUUUUAAGCAGUUUAUUCGAAUAGAUCAUUUGAAAAGACAUUUGAGAUUUACACACUGGGAGAAAACCUUAAAAGUGUGAAGUUUGUUAUAAGCAGUUUAGUGAAGGAGGUUGUUUGAAAAACCUUACAAGUGUAAUAUUUGUUUUACGGUAACUGGCCAAAUUAUUAGACCAAGCAAGAAAAAAUUACUAUAUGAAGUAAUUUCGUUGAUUAUUAUGAAUAUAUUUGAAAAAAUCA